CACAGGGAGGGACAGGCCCUCCUUCCCGGGGCAGGUCGUGCGGGAAGCCGUAGGCAGAGCAAUGGAUCCAGCAAAGGGCACAGGAUGCAGACAGGAGACCUGGAAGUGAGCAGCAUGAAAUUGCAGUCGCUUCAGUUACUGGCAGAGGAGAACGGAGCAACGUUACAUCAGCAGAAGGUAGAAAGUCAGGCAUCCUAUCAACACAAGCUGCAGAGCUCCCAGGAAGCUCAGCAGAGGCAGGCAGUGCUUGUGCGAAAGCUGCAAGCAAAGGUGCUGCAAUAUCGGAACUGGUGUCGGGAGUUGAAACAGCAGUUGGAAAUGGGAGGGGGGCCUCUUACACACAGGUGGGAGGCCAAGGAAGAGGACAGCCUGGAGAAGGCACUGGUCCAGUUGGAGGAGGAGCAGCAGAGUGUGAUUUCUGAGAGCAGCUGGUUAUGCUCAUCACUAUUCUUCCCCCUCCCAAGAUGUGAGAAUCUGGCAGAAAUGAACAUUCUGCUGAGGGAACACUUGGACAAGGCAAAUGAGGUGAAUGCAGCCCUAAGAGAAGAUAUCAGAAAGCUGACAGCCGAUUGGACAAGGGCCCAGGAUGAGUUGGAGCUCAAGAAGAGUGAAUGGCACACUGAACGUGAGCUCUUUGAGGGCUACUUGCAGGGUGAACGCAACCGUCUCCUUAGCCUAUGGCAGCAGGUGGUGACCUUCCGUCGUUACUUCCUGGAGAUGAAGACUGCAACUGACAGAGAUUUGUCAGAGCUGAAGGCAGAUCAGGUGAAGCUUUCUGGAUCUAUACUUAUCAACUGCCUCCAACUAAAUUCUGGUACACAACUCUGGGAGUCUAGCACUUUGGGAAGACCUGCCUUGAAAGACCACACACAACAGGAUUAUGCCAGGGCUCAGGAGGUAGAAAAGGAAAUAAACUGGAAAGACCAAGAAGCAAUAUCCUUGAAAGUCAAAGGGGACAUUGAAAAGGAGGAGCUUCAAGAGAGGGUGUUGGAGCUUUCAGCCCUGCUUGUACAGUCCCAAAAUCAGAAUAAGGAGAAGGAAAAGACCAUGAAGACACUUAGCAACACCGUGGAGAUUCUGGAGACUAGUCAGUUGGAGAUAGAGUAUGAGGCUUCACAGAUAAAAAAAGCUAAAGAAGAGAACCUUUCCCUUCAACAGAUGAUAAAAGAUUUAACUCAGGUUGUGCUAGAUGACAUUGACAGUACAAUCAGAAUCUCCUGGGCUGACUGCUGCCAGCAUCCUGAGUCCAGCAACUUCUCUGAUCUGAUCUACAGUGACACAAAGAGUGCCUUUGCUUUGGUGCGUGAAGCACUGGCAAGGAAACACAAGACAGUACAGGCCUUAUGGCAGCAAUUUUCUGCUAGCCAGGAUUCUGUCAUUUCUCUGCAACAUCAGAAGAAGCAGCAGGAUGAGGAAUGCAAGACGUUGCAACAGAGGCUUAAGCAACUAGAGGAGGAGUGCAAGACACUCACCAGUCAGAGGCAGCACCUCCAGUUGCAAGUAGAAACCCUCAGCAGCAACUGUGUCAAUCUAGAGAAGUCCAAGAAAGAGUUGAAGCAGCAGCUGAAAGUGGCUGAGCAGGAGGCCUGGCACCUGCGUCAAAGCAACACUAAGCUGCAACUAAAGGAGGAUGCAACCCAAGGGGAGAAGGAGGAGCAGCAGGAAGAAAUGGAAAGGGUGCUUUGGGAGAAGGAACAACUUCAGAAAGACUUAGGUACAUUUGAAGCAAAACAUUCGCUGUUAUGGAGCAAGUUGGUAGCUACAAGGGAGGCCCUGGAGAAAUCUCAGCUUGAUGGGGAGCUGGUGAAGCAAGAGAAACAUGAGCUUAUCCUGGCACUGGAAAAGGCUGAGCAGUCAGUAGCCAAAUUAACAGGGGCACAGAAUGAGUUGAAGGCAGAAGUAGCUGAUCUACAGGAUGUGGCAGCAAAGAUGAGCAGCAUUAAUGAGGUCUUAGCAUUGGAUAAAGUCCAGUUAAACCGGUUUGUUUUGCAGCUAGAGCAGGAGAACCAGGCUUUAUCAAGCAAAAUAGAGAAGAUGGAGAGGGCAAAGACUUCUGUGCAGGAGGAGCUGAGCCAGUCUAAAAGAGUGUCUGAGGAGCUCUGUACAGAAAAAAAACGGCUGGAGCAGUUACUGCAGAAGACUGAAAUGCUGCAGGAAGAGCUGCAGGUAGAAUUGAAGACACUGAGAGAGGAGAGAAAAGAGAUCCAAGAAAAGCUGAAUCAGGUUUGCCAUCAGCAGGAAUUAUCCAGCACUGAUUUGGAGCAAACACGGCUGGAAUCAAGUCACCAUAGGGAUGCACUGACCAAGGUAUCUAGAGAAAAGGAAGCCCUGUUGCGUGAGAAGGUUGCACUGGAGGUGCGACUAGGAGUUGUGGAACGGGACAGACAGGGUAUUUCAGAACAACUGGCAGAAAUCAGAUCAGCAAAAGAUGUUCUGGAAUCUAGCCUUUUUGAGGCCCAGCAGCUUCUCUCUCAGCUGGGGGUCACCAAGGGUCAGCUGGAAAUGCAACUUCAGACAGUCACCCAGGCCAAGGAGGUGUUACAAGGAGAGGUGAAAUGUCUUCAUUGUGAGCUGGAAGCAGAAAAGUCAGUAAUGGAACAAGACCGAAUGGAUGUGGAGCAGCAGCUCUCACAAAAAGAGCAGCAAUAUCAAGAUACAUUAAACCUUCAGCAAACUGUAUAUGAGAAGGAAAGGAACAAACUCAUACAAGAGCUGGAGAAGGAGCGGGAACAGCACAAUUCGGAGCUGAAAGAGGUCCUGAAGCACUCAGCGCAAGAGAAAACAGAGCUAACAAAUGCUUAUGAGACGAAACUUUUGGAUCUGAGGCAGGAGGUUGCUACUAUCCAAACUCAGAAAGAAGAGGAGAGAGCCAGGGCUGAAAACAACAGACGAGAGGUUUUGCUAGAAAAAGAGAGGGAGAGGAAGGCUUUGCUGGAAGACCUGCUCCAAGCACAAGGAGAGCUGACAGGUGCUUACCAGCAGCUGGAGCAACUUCAACAGAAAGUGCAGGAGCAACAGGGGAAGGAGCAGGAUGCCAUGGAAGGGCUGCAAAUAGAGCUCCAGGAAGUUCAGAGUAGGAUGGAAGCAGUGGAAAACAGACACAGGGAAGAGAUCAGAACCUUCAAAGAAGAAACAAGUACCCUCGUCCAGCAACGAGAUACCCUGCAAAACCAGGUGCAAGAUUUGAAACUUCAAUUAGUGAUUGCCAAGGAUUCCUGGCAAGUGAUUGACCAAGAGACUCAGCAGCGUCUGAGCAAGGCACAACAGUUGUCCAACCAAAAGAUGCUGGAGGUGGCACGUAUCCAGGAGGUAUUGGAAGGGGAGAGAAAGCGAUGGCAGGAGGUGGAGCAUCAGAAUACAGAGCUGCAAACGGUGUUGCAACAUUUGGAAGGGGAGAGAAAGCAAUGGGAGGAAGUCAAGCAUCAGAACACAGAGCUGCAGGCUGCACUGAGAGACCUGGAAGAGGAGAGGAUGCAGUGGAAGGAGGUGGAGCAUCAGAACACAGAGCUGCAGGCUUCACUGAGAGACCUGGAAGGGGAGAAAAGGCAAUGGCAGGAGGUGGAGUGUCAGAACACAGAGCUACAGGCUGCACUGCAGGACCUGGAAGGGGAGAGAAGGCAAUGGGAAGAAGUAGAGCAUCAGAACAUGGAACUGCAGGCUGUAGUGAGAGACCUGGAGAGUAAAAUAGACAGCCUGACCUUAUCCCUGGAGGAGAAAGAACUGAGGCUUAGGACCCUGCAGGAAAGAGGUGUUGCUCAGCAAAGUGAGAUUGUGAGCCUACAAUCAGCCAUUCGCCAGGCCCAGCAGCUUCAUUUUGAUUACCAAGGAGAAAUACAGGAGCUCAAGAACCAGGCCCAGUCACUCAGGCAGACAAUGAUGGAGAAAGAGGCUGGCUUACAAACCCAUGAGAAGCAGCUGUUACAGGAUCUGGAGGAGUCACAGGCAGGUGAACGGCAUUUGAGGAAUUCCUUGCAGAAGCUUGAAGCUGAGGUAUCUCAGCUGCAUCUGAGCCUUCACAGCACGGAGAGCCGAGCAGAGGCACUGGCUGCAGAGUGCCACCUAGCUAGUGAUGCUCACCAUGAAGCCCAGUCCCAGCUGGCAAGGUUGCAUUCACUUUUGCAGCAUAUUCGUUGUGGCAGCACUGAUCUGAGUGGAGACCUUAUACCAGAACAGGAAAGCAGCUGGGAUCUAGCUGUGCCUCAGCCCAAGGACCUCCCCACAGAGCUUCUGGUGGACCAAGUAGCAACAGCCUUCCGAGACUUGCAGCAGAACCUGAAGCAGACUCAACAAGAUCUGGAUGACACCAGGAACAAGGCUCAGCAGCUGAAUCUGGAGUUGAACAAGAGUGAGGCUGAGAGGGAAUGUCUCAAUGCCCACACUCAAGAGCUGCAGAAGAAGCUGGCCCAGAGCCAAGAAGAAACACAGAUGGCAGAAGACAAGUACCAGUCAGUACAGGUCAACCUGCAGGAAGAGGUUGCUGCCCUAAAGAAGGAGGUUUUGACCUUGCAUGGGGAGGUGGCUUCCUUGGAGAGGAGACUCAAGGACACUGAGAAGCAAAAGAUGGAUAUUGUGCAUGAACGGGAUACUUUGCAAGCAGCCAAGGAAAAGCUAGUCUGGGAGAUGGACCUUCUUCAGGAAUCCAUCAAAGCUUCUGAGACAAGGGCAAAUACAGCAGCAAAAAUGAGCUGCUGUCUUGAACAAGAGCUUCAGAAAACCCUCUCUGCCCUGCAAAUUAAAAGUGAGGAAGUAGAGACUCAGUGUGAGAAAAUCCAGACACUACAAGAAAAGACAGCACUGGGGAAGGCUUUGCAGGAAAAAUUGGAUCAUAUGAGUAUCACCCUGACAAAGAGAGAUGAAGAAGUGGAAUCCCAGCAAGAGCAAAUUAGAGAACUGGAGAGGCAGAGAGAAAUACAAAAGGCUACUCUAGAUCAUCUUGUUCAAGAGCUAAAGGAGAAGGAACAAGAGGUAGCAUCCCAGCAAGAAAAUGUUAGAGAGUUGGAAAGACAGAAAGAAAUGCAGAAGACUGCCCUAGAUCAUCUUACUAAAGACCUAGAGGAGAAAGUUAAUGAGAUUAAAUUCCAAGAAAAGAAAAUCCAGACUUUGGAGGAACAUGAAACAUCGCAAUUGAGAAAUCUAUUAGAAGAGAUAGAUCAGAUGAAAGCAAACUUGAGAGAAAAAGACCAGAAGCUCUCGUUACAGAAACAGCUGGUUCAAGAACUGGAAGAGGAGAAUAAGCAGGUGAAGGCUCUUCACGUAAGUUUAGAACGUGUGAGAGCAGUUCUUAAGAAGAGGGAAUGUGAGGCUGACUGCCAGAGGGGGCAGAUAAAGAUUUUUCAGCAGUAUAAGGAUCAGCAGGAAGGACAGCUGCAAGUCCUGCGUGAGAAAAUAAAACAGAUGACACUCACUCUGACCCAGAGAGAUCAAGAGCUCGAGUCUCUGAAAAAGCAAGUCCUAGAUGUUGAGGAAGAAACAGAAAGGAAACUAAAGACUCACUAUGACAAACUGGAGCAAACACAGUCGAUCUUAAGAGAAAAAGAGCGAGAGCUAGAGUUCCAAAUACAACAAGCACAAGAACAAGAGGAAAAAGCAGAAGAGCAGCUAAUGCUUUUACAAAGAGAUUUAGAGCGCACCAAAGUAGCCUUAAAAGAAAGAGAUGACAUGAUUGAGUCUCAGAAAGAGAAAAUCUGGAUGUUCCAAAAGCAAGAGAGAGAAACAGAACAACAGUUGAAAAUUCUUGAAAGUCUUAAAGUAUCAUUAAGAGAAGGAGAGCAACAAGUUGUAUCCCUGAAAAGGCAAUGUAAGCAGAGUAAGGAAGAGGAGGAAAAGCAGACAAGAGCCAUGCAAGCAAAUCUUGAAGAAGGAAAGAUGACCCAGAGUGGGAAAGAGAGAGAAAGAGAGGUUCUAGAGCAGAAUAUUUACAAACAUCAACAGCAAAAGAUAGAGGCAGUGACACAGACUGAGCCUGUCUUGGAUGAACUGGAAUACACCAAAUCAUCUCUACAAGGCAGAGACAAAGAGAGACAGACUUUGCAAGAGCAUGUAAAGGUGCUCUUAGGGCAGAAAGAACUAGAAGAAAAAUGGGUCAAGAGCUUACAGCAGGAUUUGGACAGAAUGAGACAAAUAAUGAAGGGGAAAGAUGUAGAGUUCCUCAAGCAGGCAGAGCAAAUUACCAUGUACCAGCUUCAAGAAGAAAGCAUGCAGGUGGCAUUAGAGUCUUUCAAGAAUCAAACAAACCAUCUUGAGCAUGUGGCAAGAGAGCAAAGCCAAGAGAAUGAAACUCUCAAGCAAAAACUCCAACACCAAGAGAAACAGCUAGUGACCCUGCAUUAUCUUCAUCUUACACACUCUGAGAAAGAGGCAGAAGAGGUGCAUCCCAGAGGAAGACAGAGUCUCUUGGGAGAAGCCCUUAAUGAGAGAGAACAAGAAAUCAAUGCCCAAGAAAUCAAUGCCCAAGAUGAACAAAAACAAUUGGAAGAGAAAAUGAAACAUUUUCAGGAAAAUCUCCACCAAAAGGAAGAGGUGAUCAAACACCAGAGAGAGAAAGCCAGGCACCUAGAGGAGACUAUGAAGAAGAGAGAACAGGAGCUGGGGACACAAAUAGAACUUCUGAAGCAGAUAACCUCAGCUCUACAAUGGAAAGAUGAUGAAGGAGAGACCCCAAAGAGCCAAAUCCAGAGACUUCUGAGCUGGGAGAAAGAAGAGGCAGCCAGAAAGAAGGAUCUCCAGGAGAGAGAUGAUUGCCUGAAAAGGCAGAAGAAUCGCAUCCAAAAUUUGGAAGAUGAGAAGAAAGUGAAGGUGCGGGAAUUGGAGCACCUGAUGGCUAUUCUGAAACAGACUGAAAGUGGGGAGAUAAGAUGGAGGGAGAAAGCACAUGCACUUGCACAGUCUGUGGCUCAGAGUGAAGUCACCAUUAAGACCCUGAGGGAGGAAAUGGCUAUUCUGCAGAGCAUGGUUUCAGAGAGGGAUAAAGACCGGCUUUAUCUUCAGGAACAGCUUGAUUCAGCACUCAAAGAUCUAAAGAAGAGCAUUGUGAACAAGGCUGUGAAUGGAGAUGUGAGUCUGCUCCUCAGAGAGAAUGAGAAAGCAGAGGAAUUGCAAGCAAAGGCUGGCCAGGCAAUGGAAGAGGAGGCGAAGCAGCCAGCAUCAGGGGCAGAGAGGAAAUUAUUGCAAGAGCGGCUGGAACAACUGCAACAAGCCAUUGCAAGGCUGGAACAUGACAAAACUGAGCAGGAGCAACUCAAUGCCCAGCUGACGAAGACAUUAGAGCAGGCGGAGCGUGAGCGGAGGAGGCUGAAGAAAGAACGUGCUGGCCCAUCGCUUCCAGAUGCCUGUGUGCUUCACAUGUCCAGCGCUGGCCGGGAGAAGGCACCCAGUCCAGGACAGAAGGAAGCCCACACUUGCCACAGGCAAUUUGCCAGGUUACAGAAACAGGUGUCCCUUCUGAAGACGCAGCUAGUGCUGGAGCGGAAGCAGAAGCAGGACUACAUUGAGUGCUGUGCCAAAACAAGCCAGGAGCUCUCAGGCUUGCACCAGGAGCUCUCUCAUUCCUUAGCAGCUGUAGCCAGGGACCCCAAAGCUACUGUGCUAGAAAUUGAAACUGAAAAGCUGGAUGAAUCUUUGAACUACAACUUGAUUUUGACAGCUCUGGAAUGGGAUAGCCAGUCUCCAGAGAAACACCUACUGGAUUCAACGCCAAGAGCAGCCCAACAGGGUGGACUGAGGUAGCAGGAAGUAGGGGGCUGAAUCCAUGUUCAACAAGUGGCUUACACCUGAAACCAAGUAAGGCUUGAAAUUUGUCUGGUAGUUCCAUCCUCAACAGCACCAGGCAAGUAUAACAGAGACUCGCAUCUCUUUCAGAGCUACAGUGGUAGCAUUGAAAAAUGUGAUGAUUUACACUGACCUGGCUGCAAUCUGUCAAGGUCCCAUCCAAAACACUGAUUCUCAAGAACAGUGCACCACCCAACUGAUUGUUGCCCACAGGAGGAUGGAACUAGUCUGGAUAUGGCUAUUUUCUGUUCUUAAAACCUAUAUGUGCAACACAGGAACUUUUCAGGUUGCACAGUAACAUGUUCAUAGAGAGUACUCUGGGGAGUGAUUAGAGACGAGAGAUGUCCAGGGAGUACAUACAGGGAUGGGGUUUGGGACAAAGGCUCAUUGCUUGUGCAUGAAUUGAAUUUUUCUUCUCAGCUCUGACACAGUGGGUCUGAAGGUCACCUGGGAGGCACAGGCAAGAGUAUAGUAAUUUACCAAACAAACAGCAUGUGAGAAAGAUCUAACAUUUCAGGCUCCAAGGCACAAAAUAACAGGAUGAGGAAAAUACUUUAUUUGGAGCAGCACAUUCCAAGGGGGUUUCCUGUACCUUCAAAGCAGCUAGUGCUGGCAGUAGUCUGAAAUAGGCUAUGGAACUAAAUGUUGAACUAGUAGGGCAAUUCGUAUAUUCCAGACUGCUCUCAGAGCUACAGCCUGAUUCAGUACAUUAUAAAACAAGAAGCUCCACUCACGUGGAGAUGUGCCUGGGAAAACCUAAUUCCACAUGCAAGCACUGUACCAAAGUAGCAUAUAGUCAAGCAAUUUCCAAGUACCGAAAGGAAACUGAUAGCUCUUUGGAGGUUACCUGGUGGGGUGGCAAAGCAAAAUGUGAAACAUCUCUAUCUACACAAGAAGAUAGUAAAAUAAAAAUUCAUAAGGGAAAAAAAAAAUUCAGAUAAAGUUGCCCUGGGAAUAACACUUUUAAAUCCAAGGAAUAUACAGUGAUGGAAAAGUAAAAAAUAUUUUACUGUCUUUGACAAAUAAUAUUUUAAUCUUUUUGACAGUGUUACCAUUUAUUUUUAUAUCUUUUUUUCUUUAAAAGAUAUUAACUUAAAAUAUAUUUAUGACUUUAACACCAAACUCAGUGUUGUUGAUAUGUAUAUAAUCUUUAGAUGGCAAAGAUGUGGAAAGGCUGAGAUGAUGAUAUCUAGAGAGAGCUUUGACUAACUUGAAUGAAUUUAAGUCAGCAAGGCCAGACAAAAUUUAUCACAGGCACUGAAGAGAUCUCUGAGCUGUUGGCAAUUUUUCUAAAUUAAUGGGAGAAAGAUGAGGUUUCAAAGGAUAAGAAAAAAGUUAAUGUAGUGCCCAUCUUUGAAAAAGGAGAUUCCAGGGAAUUAUGAACUAGUCAGGCUGACUUCAAUACCAGGGAAGUUGCUGAAGCAAGCUUUAAAAAUGUCAACUUGUAAACAUCUGGAGGAUGAAAAGCUGAUCUGUAGCAGCCAGCAUGGAUUUAAGAACAAAUCAUGCCAAACCAACUGGCUCUUCUUUGACACAAUAACUAGUUGGGGAGAUGAAGGGAAUGUAAUGGACAUAUUAUAUCUGGAAUUUAAUAGGGCUUUUAGUUAAAGUUCUAGACCACAUUAAGUAAACUGGAGAAAUGUGAGCUAUGUAGAAUUAGGGUAUGGUAGAGACAGCUCAAUAACUGCAAGCAAAGGGAUAAAUGGAUCAAUGUCAGAAUUGCAGGAAAUUUCAAGUGGGGCUUCACAGGGGUCGGCCCUGGGUCCAGUGCUGUUUAACACACUUACUAGUACGCUUUGGCAGGCAAGGUUCUUUGGGUAGAUAUGGUUUCUUUUAUUAGACCAACUAAAUAGGUGGGGAAAAAAGUUCUUUGCAAGCUUUUGGGCACAAACACUUCUUUAGGCAUUGGGAGACUGCUGUUGUUCUGAGUUCUCCACGGUAGAAAGGAGCUAAAGUAAACAAGAAGUCUGUGAAGAUGCAAGUGAGUGGAAGUCUGGAAGACAAAGGAUAGAGAUAGAAGGGCAGGGGGGAGAAAGGGAGGGAAAAGUGUGAAGAAAUGCAAGUGUUCAGCUGAAGGCAAGAUACCUGGUGAGUCAGAUGUCAGGCAGGUUGUAAUGUGUCAUAAAUACAAUGUCUAUAUUAAGUCCAUGAUUGUUUAUAUCCAGUAGAUUUAUGAGGUGAAGUUCGUAGGCUUGUCUAUGAAAGGUGUUUUGUAAAUUCCCUUUGAGGAUUAAAACUGAGAGACUGGAGAAA